AUGGCCACUCGUCGUCACGUCCACUUCAACUCCAAAGCCAAAUCAUGGACUUCACCUGAGCCCGCCUCUACAGCAGCCAUUGAUCGGUUUCACCAGAGUCUCCCCAACUAUGAGCCAACACCUCUUGUCAGUCUGGACAGUCUGGCUAAGGAGGUCGGGGUCGGAGCUGUCCAUGUCAAAGAUGAGACGAACCGUUUUGGUCUUCCGGCGUUCAAGAUCUUGGGUGCUUCUUGGGGCGCGUUCCGCUCCAUAACCGAGAAAUUUGGCCUGCCUCUUGACUCAGAUAUUGAUACUGUCCGAGAAGCGGCAAAGUCCCAUCAAUUGACAUUGUACGCGGCGACAGAGGGGAAUCAUGGGCGUGCGGUUGCAAGAAUGGGUGCUAUCUUCGAUAUAUCAGCUGAGAUUCACGUCCCAGCGUCUAUGCAUCCUUCUACGGUCAGGUUGAUUGAGUCCGAAGGCGCGAAAGUCGUUAUGUCAAAGGGCAGAUACGAGGAUGCGAUGCUUGAGGCCAAGUCUGCGUCCAAGCAUGCCAAGGGGAUCAUGGUUCAGGACCAUGCCUUCGGCGACUAUCAGACCUGGAUUGUCGAUGGCUACGGUACCAUGAUGCGAGAGGUUGACAAGCAGCUCGGUUCCACCAAAGCUGACUUGGCCAUCGCUCCUGUCGGAGUCGGAUCAUUCGCCCAAGCUGUAGUAUCUCAUUUCAAGAGACGGGGUACGCCUACCUCCACGUUGACAGUUGAGCCUGAUACUGCGGCGUGUUUGUGGAAGAGUCUGGAGAAGGGCGAGUUCACCGAGAUCCCAACGACUGGCACCAUCAUGGCCGGUCUCAAUUGCGGAGCUCCUUCAACAAUCGCAUGGGAUGUCUUGAAGAAUGGCGUUGAUGCAAGCUUGACCAUAUCAGACUACGAAGCUCACCAGUCCGCCAUGUAUCUGCAAUCUCAAGGCAUCAACGCUGGACCCUGCGGAGCAUCGACUCUUGCUGCGCUUAGACGGCUGACACCGGAAGACAAGAAGGCCCUUAGACUGAGUGAGAAGUCCACUGUGGUGAUCUUUUGCACAGAGCGAAACAGAGACUACGAUGUACCCCACGACGUUUCUGGCAAUGACCCAGUUGCACUCACUCAGACCCUUGUCCAGAUCAACUCAGCCAGUCCCGACUUGGGCUCUGUUCCCGGACCUGGCGAGACCGCCAUCGCUCGCUAUGUCGCUGCAUGGCUCGAACAUAGGGAUCUGGAAACGCACUGGGUUGAAUACAGCAAGGGCCGUCCCUCCGUCGUUGGUGUCGUUCGGGGCUCCGGCGGCGGGAAAAGUGUCAUGUUCAACGGACACCUCGACACGGUCACCAUUAUGGGCUACAAUGAUGAUCCAUUGAGCGGAAAGAUCGUUGAUGGCCGUCUUUAUGGUCGAGGAUCUGCUGACAUGAAGGGAGGUGUCGCGGCAGGUAUGGUCGCCCUCGCCAAUGCUAAGAAGCUUGGACUUCGUGGUGAUGUGAUCUUCACUGGUGUUGCCGACGAGGAGAGCUUGAGUAAGGGAACGGAAGAUAUCCUUCGCGCUGGAUGGAGAGCAGAUGCCGCUGUUGUAUCGGAGUCAACGAACCUCGAGAUCAAUCACGCCCACAAGGGAUACUGUCACAUUGAGAUCAAGGUCUGUGGACUGGCUGCACAUGGUUCACGGGCUGAUUUGGGCCUCGACGCCAUUGUCAAUGCCGGCCAUUUCCUCGUGGAGUUUGGUAAAUACGUUAAGAAGUUGCAAGAAGGUGCUGGGGACGAGAUCUUGGGAACAGGCACUGCACACGCUUCAGUUAUCUCGGGUGGUGAAGAGGCAUCGUCAUAUCCUGCCCAGUGCACCAUCAUUGCAGAGCGCCGAACAAUCCCUGGAGAGACCAAUGAAGUUGUCCAGAAGGAGUUCGACGACAUUAUUGCCAAGGUAGCAAAGGAGGUCACCGACUUCAAGGCAGAAGCCAAGAUCUUCUUCAGCCGCCCGCCCCAGUUCACAGCGGCAGACCACCCGUUCACCAAGCUCGUCUCCGGCAUUGUGGGUGAUGUCACUGGCAAAGACGCGGUUAUUGCCGGGGCCCCGUUCUGGACCGAUUGUGCUUUGUUGGCUGAGAAAGGGAUAGUGCCUCUGCUCUGGGGACCAAAGGGAGAGGGAUUCCAUGGAAAGGAGGAGUUUGUUCACGUCAAGUCAAUUGAACAAGUGUCUGAGGGAUUGGUCAAUAUAGCAGCUGAGUUCUGUAAGUAG